AUUCCACACCCCAUUCAUCACCCAUUUCACCAAAAUUCAUCCAACACCCAUAAACCUUAAGUAGUCAAACUUCAAAACCCCUGCAAUUCCACCACCGCCCGCUGUGUCCUAUUGCCACCAUGAAUUCGUCCUUCAGUACCACUCAGAAUCUGGAUAACCUUCUCCUCCAAUCCAUGAUGGGCAGGCUCCAGAUCCGUCCGCCAUCUCCGAACCCCGCUCUGCUCUCUGCCGAAUCCCUAGAAGACCUCCUCCUCAAAAGCAUCCUCUCCCACGAAAAAGAGUACUCAGAUGACGAAGAAGAAGAAGAAGGUGGCAUCGAAUCUCCCCAAAAAUCUGAUCUGGCCAAGGAAGAAUCGAGGCUCGAGAAAGAGAUCAUCCGCACUAUCCACAGCGGCAAUUUGGACUCUCUGAAACCCAACUCCGGUCAGGCUGUGUCAAUAGGCGAGCACCACAUAUGCGUAGGGUUUCAUGAGGAAUCCCAGUCCGAUUAUCGGGUCUGGGAGUGGCACGGUCAUAUCAUGCUGUUUGAUGAGGAAAAUGGGUACACUCCUGAGUAUAUAUAUGGGAACUAUUUUGAGAGAGUCAGUGCUAAGCCGAUGAUGAAGAAGAAGCAGACUGACGAAGAGCAGCUGAAGAUGAAAGUGGAGAAGGUAGGAAACUUGGGGCUGAGGGAGUUGAUAGAGACAGUCGAGUGGAAUACUGAGGCUCGGGUGCUUCGGAGGAAUAUCAAUGCCGCCUCUCCAAACUUUCUAUCAGGGAGCUAAGCUCUCCAAACAAGAGUUCUUGGCGUGAGCAAAACACUUUUAACACCGAUGAAGGUAUUAAAAAUAUUGCAGAAUAAGAAGGUGGAAGACAUUAUGGCACUUGGUUUUUUAUGCUUGUUUUUUAAAAUGUUUUGACGGUUGUAACGGGCAUUGUGUAAUGUUUAAUUUGUCAAUUUUUUUGUAGCUUUAUUAUUGUUUCUUACUGUGUAACAACUUCUGCGUUUCUAUAUUUGAGAGUUGUAUGCUUUUUGAGUUUUUGUUUAAUCUGAGUUUUGCUGAAGAGGAAAGGAACAAAUAGAUUCAAUAGAG